AUGAAUAUAGAACAACAAACAAAAAUGAAGCUUCAAAGGCAAAGAGAAAAAAUCUGCAAGACCAUAUCUGAAGGACUACUCUCGUUCACUGCGUGUACUGAAUCAUUUAAUUUCACAACUUUUGACAGCGAAGCGCUUAAUAUUUUUGGAACGGACAUAGACUGGGCUAGGCACAAUAGAACUGAAGAUAAUGCCAGUUCGACAGCAUCUACGGAACCCUCAAUAACUCCAGUACUAGCACCAUUUAGGUUAUGGCAAACGAUUUUAAUAGCCAUCAGUUUAGGGAUAUGCAUUAUACUUACAGUUUCUGGAAAUAUUUUGGUAUUACUCGCUUUCAUCGUCGACAGGAACAUUCGACAGCCCAGUAAUUAUUUUAUUGCAUCCCUGGCAGCUACUGACGUACUUAUUGGCACUGUAUCUAUGCCCUUCUUUGCAGUCUACGUUUUGAUGGGCUACUGGGAUUUAGGGCCUUUACUAUGCGAUCUGUGGCUGUCUGUGGACUACACUGUCUGUCUAGUGUCGCAAUAUACCGUGCUACUGAUUACCAUAGAUCGGUUUUGUUCAGUGAAAAUAGCCGCCAAAUAUAGAAGUUGGAGAACCAAACAACGGGUGGUUCUAAUGGUGGUGAUCACGUGGAUCAUUCCAGCACUCUUAUUUUUUAUAAGCAUUUUCGGGUGGGAGCAUUUUGUGGGAUACAGGGACUUACUGCCUGGCCAUUGCGCAGUGCAGUUCUUGAAAGAUCCUGUAUUCAACACAGCCCUCAUCAUCACGUACUACUGGACAACGCUUAUAGUACUCUUUAUUUUAUAUGGAGGUAUAUACAAGACAGCCUACAAUAUGCAGAAAAAGAGUGAAGCCAAACAAAGAAAAAUGCAGUCCAUGGUAGCACUUAGUGCAGGAGCUAUGUCAGGAAUGGCGGGCAGAGCUGCUGGAAUUGGACUGUCCAACAGCAAAACACCGCCAGAACCCGAAAUGAUCGACAAUGGCAGAAACGCCAGUCAGAAGUCAAAAGAAGCCGAAAUAAAACAAGACAAUAAUUUUUUAGAAGGUAAGACGGUUCCAACAGCCGCAGACGGACUUAAAGUUAGGGAAAGUUAUACUGCGGGUGGGUCAGGAGACUCAAACUCCAGCCAAAAAACCACGAGUUUUAAUAAGAAUAGCUCCACGACCACAACAACAACUACAACAACGGCCGCCAUGGAGCGAAACUUAAAUCUAGCUACAAAUAAGGGACAUAUACAGGAAGUAGAAAAUAUAGAACGAAGUUCCAGUCCGGCUUUUGACAGUGAUGACGACAGUAUCGCACCAAACGCACUAAAAGAAGAAACAAGAUACAGUCUUCCUGGAAAUAAGCCUUUACAAAAAGAAGAUAAACAUAAAAGUCACCGAAAAAGCAUAGUAGAUAUAGUUUUACAGACGAGCUCCAUGCAGAUAUUCGGCAGCUCCCCCCAGCGCCUCAACGGUAACAUCCUCAACAAACCAGAACCACCCAAAAAACUGAUGUUACAAGAACAAUUCAAGAAAAACCCACCCGCAUCGUCCAAACCGACGGACGACGUACAGAAACCCACCCAACACCACCUGGUAAGACCGAGCAAACUACCCCCACUCACCACAUCCUACAGUAGCAUAGAAAUCGGCCAGAAACCCCCCAACCAAUCAGAACCACCCUCCUGUAAAAAGAAUUACAGCACCUACGACCUGCUAGUAGGCAUGGACAGUGCAGACCUGAGAUUCAUGGAUGAGAGUAGUGUGGUAGUACCCUCCCCAGUGCUUGAGAAACCGCCCAGUUUAACUAACCUUGCCCAGGAUCAGUAUUGUUUACCCGACCCCAGUAACCUUGAGAGUGCACGUUAUUACUGUGAAAUUCCAUCCAACCCUCUUGGUAGUGGUAAAAGUGUCCAAACCCAACCUAACCAGAAAGCUGCUACUUUCCAGACUGUGGAAGGUUACGGCAAUUCAAUCAGGAUCCAGACUGAAGUUACCCUGAGUUCUAACAGACCAAUAACGUCAUUGGUAGGGAAGAAACAGACUAAAGGGGACACGAACAGUGGUCCCAGUUCACCCUGCGAGGCUAUUUCGGCUAUAUCUCAAACAGAUACGGAUCCUACAACAGACGCCGCUACCAAGAGGGUCUUCGUCAAAUCUUUAGGGAAGAAAUUCAAGGUUAAGAAGAAACAUCUAGCUGGACCUUUGGGUGCUUUGGGCAGUAGGCAGAAGUCGAAAAGUGAAAACCGAGCUAGGAAAGCGCUAAGAACCAUAUCUUUCAUCCUGGGAGCUUUUGUAGUGUGCUGGACGCCAUACCACAUCUUUGCUUUGGUUGAAGGGUUUUGUACUGAUCCCCCGUGCGUUAAUUCGCAUAUUUAUAUGUUUUCUUAUUUUCUUUGCUACGCGAACAGUCCACUGAAUCCUUUUUGUUAUGCUUUGGCUAAUCAGCAAUUCAAGAAGACCUUUACCAGGAUUCUGAAAGGUGAUUUUCAUUUGACUUAG